AUGGCCAAGUUCGUGCUGGCAGGUAGGGCAGACUGCCCCUACUAUGCUAAAGCAGAACUCCUAGCUGACUACCUGGAGAAAAAAUUGCCUAACUUCAGGAUACACAAGAUUACUCAACAUCCUGAUAACUGGGAGACAUGGUUGCAGGAGAUCUGUGAGAAAAAUGGAUGGAAACAUACGCACUCUCCAAUUAUUUGGAGGGAAUUGUUAGACCGGGGAGGAAAGGGCCUUCUUCUCGGAGGAUACAAUGAUUUCCAAGAACAUGCUCAGCAAUAUUAUAACAUCACUUCUGACAUGAUGACUGAGGAAAUGUUCCUAAUAGCUAAGGAGAAUUUGCAGACUCACAUAGAAAUUGACAGAGAGGAGAAAGAACUUAAAAGCCUUAUCAACCCCUUGCACAUUUGGAUCAACAGGGCAUCUGCUCAUAUCUGCUAUCAUCUGAUCCCUUUACUAACCAAUGGGCAAAUAUUUGGAAUGGGAACUGAGGUCAGCCUCCAUUUGCUGGACAGAAGGAGUAGCAAAGACGAGCUGGAGGGUAUUGUGAUGGAGACACAAGACUUGGCAUCCCCCACCCUACGCAGUGUCUCCUUCCACACUGAACUGGACGAAGUUUUUCUCGAUGCUGAUGUCAUCAUUUUGCUUGAUGAUAUCCUUCAGGAGACAAUCCCAACAAUUGAAGAGUGCAUUCGACAAGUGACCGAUCAAUGUGAGAUAUAUGGUCCCCUGAUAAAGAAGAAUGCCAAAAGUGAUGUCAAAAUUAUUGUGAUAGGGAAAACUUUUGUCAAUCUGAAAGCCCUGAUGCUUAUGAGACAUGCUCCCUCCGUUAACCGUCGAAAUAUUGUCACUCUGGCAAUGCUUUUGGAAAGUGAAGCCAAAGCCAUGUUGGCAAGAAAAUUGCAAAUGCACCCAGCUGGAAUAAAAAAUCUCCUAGUCUGGGGUAACAUCAGUGGGAGUAGCUUCGUUGAUCUGAGUAAGACAGAGCUCUAUAGAUAUGACAGUGCCAUCUGGGGCCCACCAAGCUUUUUCCGCCCUUUGCUGGAUGUGAUGUUUGAUCGAGAAUGGAUGCGUACUGAAUUUGUGGUUGCACUCAGCUUGCUGACUUCUUGGGGGACUCACUGUUUAGGCAUGGCACCUGCACAUGUCAUUGCUACUGUGCUGAGAUAUUGGUACCAGGACUCCCCACCAGGAGAGAUGGUCUCUCUCGGGGUGAUCAGUGAAGGUCAAUUUGGGCUUCCCGAGGAUAUUGUCUACUCCAUGCCAGUACGAUUUGAGAAUGGCAACUGGAAGGUCUUUACAGAAAUAGAAAUUAAUGAGAAAAUGCAAGAAUUUCUUCAGAUUCUAGCCUGUGAUCUGAUUAGGGAAAGACAAGUUGCAUUAGGUGAAGUAACAGAAUUGUAUCCGCAAAGAAAAGAAGUUUGUGUGCCACGUAUUGAUUCAGUGGAAGAAGAGCAAGUCCUUGAUGAGGUUGGCCUUUCAUCAAGUGGCCAAGAAAUCCCUUUGGAAAGCGAGGAUCACACUACUGCUGAAGAGGAACUGAAUGAGUCAAGGAGUGUGGAAGAAGGCAAUAUUGAAGAAUCUAUUGAAGAAAAUGAUAAAGAAGGUUUAUUCUCAAGGAUUGUAGUAGACCAUGUUAUGCCAGUCUGUUUCAGUCAGUGGCAAAGGCAAGCUGGCCAGAUGUUGCCGAGGAGCAGAGGCCACCAGGAGGGAAACUGUCAGAGCCAGAAAACAGCUGUGGCUGGCUGGUGGGCCUUUGCAGAGAGGGAGCUUCCAGGAACACUUGGUAACUCAGGACUGUGA